UCCAUCAUGGCAAAGGCGCACAAACACAAGUUAACGUACAAGAACACAGGGGAAGAAGACAUGUGGAUGUGGACAUGUGACGCUUGUGGCAGGGACUCCGAAGAGUUACAGCAGACACAUUCUUACGAAUGUGAAAAAUGUGAUUUUUAUUUAUGUGAAGAAUGUGCUCAGCCAAUCAAGACAAACAAACAUGCCCACAGUUUGGCUGUAACUAUUUUAAAAGGUUCUUGGAUUUGCGACAAUUGUGAAACUUAUUCUUCAAGACCCGGAAGCGGACUUCUACCUUGGCAUUGCGAGGAAGGAUGCAAUUUUGAUUUGUGUUUUGGCUGUACACGAAGUCAUAAAAGCGAAGCACACCGUCAUCUUUUGUUAAAAAGCAAUCCCAAGGAUACUUAUCGAACCGGCUGGCGUUGUAAUAUAUGCAGGGAAAGCCAUCCAAAUGAAGAUAAUGAGAAACCGUAUCAAUGCAAAAAAUGUGAAUAUGAUUUGUGCGAGGAGUGUAUGAAAGAAACUGAAGUUCUAGAAACUGUUGAAGCUCUAGAAACUGUUGAAGUUCUGGAAACUGUUGAAAACGUACAAACGAAGAUGGAGAAGAGCCUUGCGAUUACGGACGGUGGUGCUUCUCCAAAUACCAAGGGUGGACAAGUGCCAAUGGUGUUUAUUUCCUACCAAUGGAACAUACAAGAUGAAAUUUUGAAAUUGAAGAAGAAACUUGAGUCAAAGAAUAUAACAUGUUGGAUGGAUACUGACACGAUGAUGGGGGGAGAUGAUCUGAAGAAAGAAAUCGAUCGAGGUAUAAGAGGAUGCAAGAUAGUGGUGUCUUGUGUGACAGAAGCGUACAGUAAGUCAGAUGCUUGUCAACAAGAAGUUGCUUUGGCUGGUGUUUUGAAAAAACCAAUUCUUCCAGUUUUAUUUGAAUCAGUGUCGUGGCCUCCAGAAGGGCCAAUGGCAAUGCCAUUUGCACCGUUAAUUUACAUCGACUGCGUAAAGGGUCUCACAAGUGAAAAUCUGGAUAGAAUCAUCAAGACAAUAAAGUCCAAAAAAGGAUGAACUUUUCUUCAUAUCCAUUUUCAUUUAAUCAAUUACAGGAUUGUACCUUGUUAGUUGUUCCUUAUUCUACCUAGUUAUUCACUUAAUUUGUUAUAUAAAAUUAAUUGUGAGAUUGUUUCUAACGUCAAGGCUCGUAAUGAGAAAUACAUGCAUGAUGCUUAUCAAGAGAAAAAUCACCAUGCAAACACGGAGACAGGAAUAUAAAACCUAAUGCAAAUUGGAGAUGCCGGCACGGCGUCACCUUGAUCGUCUGAUUGUGAACGAGCACACGAGUGCUUGUGGGUGGAAUUUUGAAGUGAUAACUGCAAUUAAAACACUACGCGCCUCUUGAAAAAUUAUCGUCACUUCACUUUACACAGCUUUUCAUCAAAACGGGCGUCAUCCAAAAUAAAACUAGAAUUGAAAGAAAAUUCAGAUAAAUGCAAUGAAAGGAUAGAGAUAUAAUAUUACCUAUUAAAUAAAAUACAAAAAAAUUAAAUAGCGCUAGCUAGUAAUAUUUCGGGAAUUAUUGUAUUAGAAUACAAAUAUGUUGUGUGUCGUAUAGGUAUAACCACGCACGGAGAAUAUAUUUGAUCGUGUGAGAUUAUGCAAAGACUGAUAUAGAGGAACAGACUGAUUAUGAUACCUUAUUAUAUUAGAGGUGUAUUAGUAGAAGUAUAUUAAAGGUGUAAACAACGUCUUAGUGUUAAACUUGGUGAUUAAACCAGGUGA